CUAUUCUUUUAAGAUCAAGUUGAAAUUGAUUAUUCUCUCGACCAUUUGAUAGUCUUUCUCUGUAUAUUUAUAUUUUCCCAAAAAUGUCGUUCGAUCAAAAGGAGAUUUUCAGUUUAAUGUACAAGCUGGCCCGGCUCAUAGUCCCGGACACCCGAGUUGAAUAUGAUGCCCAGGGAGCAAUCCAUGUCCCCCUGGAUCGUAUGUAUGGUCCACUCACCAUGAGAUCCUUGACAAAAUUUCCGAUUGGCGGAACCGAAGAACGAAUGCCUCGUUCGGUAAUCAGAGCCAUGGGAAUGGUGAAGAAGGCCGCCGCCGAGUCGAACAAGGUCAACGGAAUGGAGGAACGUCUGUGCGAUGCCAUAUCGGAGGCCUGUGACGAAGUCAUCUCCGGAAAACUGUACGACGAGGAGCACUUUCCGUUGGUGAUUUGGCAGUCGGGUUCGGGGGACCAUACCAAUUGCAAUGUGAACGAGGUAAUUGCCAAUCGGGCCAUCAAGAUCCUGGGCGGACUGAUGGGAACAAAGGAGCCAGUCGAUCCCAUUGAGCACGUCAACUUGGGCCAGAGCGCCCACGACACCUUCGCCACUGCGGUUCGGGUUGCUGUGGCCAUGGACUUGCAGGAGAAGCUGUAUCCGUCCCUCAGGAUGUUUGCCGAGUUGUUGGGUAAAAAAUCAGAGGAGUGGAAAGACAUAAUCAAGACGGGACGCACUCAUUUGAUGGACGCAGUACCACUGACCCUGGGCCAAGAGUUCAGUGGCUAUCAGCAGCAGAUAUGCAAUGGAAGAUGCCGCCUGGACGGAUCUUUAUCUAGAUUGUAUAAGCUUCCCAUUGGAGGUACCUUUGUGGGCACGGGUUACAGCACCGUGAAGGGAUUCAACGAGAGGUGCGCCAAGCGGUUAGCCGAGUUGAGCUUCCUGCCAUUUGUGUGUUCUCCGAACUGCUUCGAGUCGAUGUCCAGCUGCGAUGCCUUGGUGGAGCUUCACGGGGAACUCAACACCAUAGCCGUUAGUACGAUGAAAAUAGCAAAUGACAUUCGCUUCCUGGCAUCGGGACCGCGAUGUGGUCUGGGCGAGCUGAUUCUGCCAGAGAACGAGCCGGGCAGCUCGAUCAUGCCGGGGAAGGUGAAUCCCACCCAGUGCGAGGCCAUGACCAUGAUCUGUGCCCAGAUCAUGGGCAAUGAUGCAGCCAUUAGCAUUGGCGGCGCUUCCGGACACUUUCAACUAAACACCUUUCUGCCCAUGAUCGUCUCGAAUGUCCUGCGUUCGAUCACCCUUCUGGGCGAUGGCAUCAAUUCCUUCUGCGUGAACUGCCUGAAGGGUGCCGAACCGAACAAGGACAGAAUUGCCUCCAACAUGAUGGAGUCCCUGAUGCUCGUCACUGCCUUGAGUCCACAUAUCGGGUAUGAGAAGGCCGCCGCAAUUGCAAUGGCUGCCCACCAGAAUGGCACCACUUUGCGGAAGGAGUGCACCAAAGCGGGAAUAGAUAAACAGGACUACGACCACUGGGUCUGUCCUGAGAAAAUGUUGAGUCCCGAAUAGGUUCCAUCUACUUAUUAAAUUUGUUUUACAAAGAAAAUUAUCAAUAAAGUUAUUCGACUUAGUGGCUUA